AUGGGUGUGGACGGGAAGAACAUGCGAGACAGGGAAGGAUGCCGGAAGGAUACAGUGAGAAGCAAAAGAUUCCUGCCCACGGGACAGGUUCCCAAGUUUCUGCUGCUGUCCGCCAGCCAGCCACGGCGUGGGAAGAGGCUCUGGGGGAGCUCCGAGCUCCUAGUCACAGCUUCUGGGGGGGAACUGCUGGGGACGGGGGAGGGUGGAGAGGGGCUGGGGCAGGGGAUCCCCUGGCUAUCACCUCAGCUCCUUAAACAGCCCACCGAGUGGACACAGACCAGCACCUGGGGGCUUUCAGGAAGCCAAGAUGUGGCAGCAGAAGCCAUGGCUGGUGCUACUUCUUGUCGGCUCCUUCACAGUCUGGAGGAGUUAUUGCUAUUAUUACUUACCUCAUCAGCUGAUUUGUGCCUGGCUGGUAAGCUGGAGACGUCAGCCCUGGUUACCGUGGUCCUGGGUCAAGAUGCAGAGCUGCCAUGUUUCUACAGGGGAGAGCCCGAGGAGCAGGUGAAACAGGUGGCUUGGGCCCGAGUUGGAGGGGGAGAGGGGACGGCAGAACUGGCAUUGCUACAUGAUACAUAUGGUCUCCAUGUGAGUCCUCCCUACGAGGGACGAGUGGAGCGGCCGCCACCACCUCGGGAUCCCAACGAUGGUGCCAUACUUUUGCGGAAUGCUGUGCAGGCUGAUGAAGGGGACUAUGAGUGCCGAGUCAGCACUUUCCCUUCUGGCAGUUUCCAGGCGGGGCUCCAUCUUCGAGUGCUUGUGCCCCCUCUGCCCACACUGAACCUGGGUCCCACCCUGGAAGAAGGCCAAGGUCUCAUACUAGCAGCCUCCUGCACAGCCGAGGGCAGUCCUGUGCCCAGAGUGACCUGGGACACGGUGGUCAAGGGUGUGGUCACCAACCGCUUGUCUAAUCACCCAAGAUCAGCUUCAGUCACCUCAGAGUUCCAUCUAGUGCCAAGCCGAACUAUGAAUGGGCAGCCCCUUACCUGUGUGGUGUCCCACCCGGGCCUUCCAGAAGACAAAAGGAUCACACACACGCUCCGGGUUGCCUUUCUUGCUGAGGCCUCGGUCUGGGGCCACGAAGACCCUGAGCUAUGGCAUGUGGGUAGGGAAGGCGUCAUGCUCAAGUGUCUGAGUGAGGGGCAGCCUCCACCCUCCUACAACUGGACUCGGCUGGAUAGGCCUCUGCCCAAUGGGAUGCGAGUGGAUGGAGGCACCUUGGGCUUCCCCACACUGACUGCUGAGCACAGCGGCACUUACGUCUGCCACGUCAGCAAUGAGGUCUCUUCGAGGGACAGCCAAGUCACUGUGGCUGUCACAGCAGAGGAUGAAGCCCCACCAGUCGACGUGGAUGUAGUUUCUGCCUCCAUGGUGGCAGUAGGAGUGAUUGCUGCCCUGCUGCUUUGCCUCCUGGUGGCAGUGGUGGUGCUCAUGUCCAGAUACCACCGACGCAAGGCCCAACAGAUGACCCAGAAAUAUGAGGAGGAACUGACCUUGACUCGGGAGAAUUCCAUCCGCAGACUUCACUCCCACCAUGCAGAGCCACGGAACCAGCCUGAGGAGAAUGUAGGGCUUCGAGCUGAGGGCCACCCUGAUAGUCUCAAGGACAACAGUAGCUGCUCUGUGAUGAGCGAAGAACCUGAGGGCAGAAGUUACUCCACUCUGACCACGGUGAGGGAGAUUGAGACCCAGACGGAGCUGCUGUCACCAGGCUCUGGCCGGCCAGAAGAGGAAGAAGACCGAGAUGCUGGGAUCAAGCAGGCCAUGAACCACUUUGUUCAGGAGAACGGGACUCUUCGAGCCAAGCCCACGGGCAAUGGCAUCUACAUCAAUGGACGGGGACACCUAGUCUGA